ACUGGGAUACUUAUCCCAGUCAAGAUUCAGCUCCAUUGAAUCAUUCAUCACAAACAUGAGCAAUUCAUUUUAGAAAAUCACUUGGUCUGUAAAUAUUCAACAGAGCAUAUAUACAGUGUUUAUUUUCCAUUGGUGUAUGUUUUGUUGUUGUUGUUGUUGUUGUACUGUAUCACUGCAACUGGAUAUUGUUCAGUGAUGCCUUGCAAUAAUGCUGACAGGGUUUGAGUUGAAUGAAAACCAUAACAUUGAAUUGCAUGCCAUAUAUCUGUCAGAAACCUGAUUAAAGCAGAAUCCAUAAUCGGUAUUUUAUUCUAGUUGGUUACUUUUUUGUUUCGUGUGUGUGUCUGGUUGGAAUGUAAUAUUUUUUCUGAUGCAGAUUUGACACUGAGCGUAUAAUGCACAGACUAUUCAAACACAAUCUAUUUUUUUACAGGGUGUUCAGUACUUAAGCAUAUACAACCCAGCUGGAAAUAUGACUUAUAAUUAAUAAUAUAGCUUUGAAAGCCAUUUUCAAAUAAGAUCUGAAAUGGUAUUCUACAAUAAUUAAAGUAGGCUUUUCAACUGCGAAGAUGUGUGUCUCUACAUUCACCACGUGGUGGCGACAACUGAUAAUGGUCGUAGAAGUACUACUGCCGUACAAGGCUCUCCUCUAAACCGGAAGUUUGAAGUUAUUUUGCGUGUACGCUCCACAGCCAGCAACAGAGGCUAAUAAACACGUCAAAACGAUGAAGGCAAUUAUUCAAAGAGUCACCCAGGCCAGCGUGACUGUUGGGGAGCAGCAGAUAAGUUCAAUAGGUCGAGGACUGUGCGUGCUCCUGGGGAUUUCCACCGAGGACACGCAGAAGGAUGUUGACUACAUGGUGCGUAAGAUCCUGAGCUUGCGCGUGUUCGAGGACGAGGCCGGGCGGCCGUGGGCCAAGAGCGUGGUGGACCGGGAGCUGGAGGUGCUGUGCGUGAGCCAGUUCACGCUGCAGUGCGUGCUCAAGGGCAACAAGCCCGACUUCCACCGGGCCAUGCCGGCCGAGCUCGCCCAGCCCUUCUACAGCGCCAUGCUGGAGCGAAUGAGGGAGGCCUACACGCCCGAGCGCAUCAAAGAUGGUCAGUUUGGGGCGUACAUGCAGGUCCACAUCCAGAAUGACGGCCCUGUCACCAUAGAGCUGGACUCUCCCUCUGCCCCCUCUGACCCCAAACAGUUGGCCAAGCAGGAGAAGCAGCAGCAGCGGAAGGAGAAGACGCUGAACCAAAGGCCCGAGUCGGUUAGGGAGAAGCGGCCUGGGUCGCUUAGGAUGCUUGAAGCCAGCAGCGGCGCCGAGGGCGACGUGUCGUCCGAGAGGGACCCCUAGGAGAACCCAGAACUGACCCGCAGCGAGGCCACACCAUCCUUUUCCUCCUCCUCUUCCUCUCUCCACACACACACACACGCACACACACACACACACACACACGCGUACACACACACACACACACACACCUCCUCAUACCAGCUUAUCCCCCCUCCCCCACAGAACUGUCAAUCAUCCUCCACGUUGCCCACUGCUUUCACCCGAGACUCAAACGUCAGACCCGUUCUGUGAACUCGGCUCACAGAGGAGGGCGUGGCUGUCAGACCCCCCCCCCCCCCCAUGGCGGGGAUUGGAAGGCGCUCCUGUCCAUUCCGCCCGUCACCGCUAGCCAUGCCAGCAGCGUGUGGCAGCACGCCGGCCCAGGGUCCUCCGGCUAAGCCUCUUACGGCCGCCGCCAGGCCCAACACGCCGUAAGCCCUGGAGACGAGACGGCCGCCACAAGACCUCCGCCUUGACCACAGUUGUUCAUAUCGAAGAGGGAGGGAGGGAGGGGGGGGGAUUAGCGCUGUUGAGAGAGAGAGAGAGUGCUGGCAAAAACAAUGCAGUGAUGAUGACAUCGGGAUAUGUUCAAACAUCUGCCUGUUGCCCUCGGGUGAACCGUUGCCUAGUGUGCUGGAGGGCAUAGGGGUGCUUGGCAGGAAGGGUUUGGGUUGUUUUGUUCAUCAUCACUGUGUGUGUGUGUAUGGCUCUGGCUCUAAUCUCUGUGAUUGAGAUUGAGUGUCUGUGUAAAUAUGCUGAGAGACAUGCGGGUUCAGAGGUGCUUACAUAAGGCCACUAUAUCAGACGUGUGUGUGUGUGUGUGUGUACACUGUACAACAACUCUUAAAUACCUGCCUUUGAUUUCUGCCAUUGAGAAUCUAGGAGACAAAUGCCAGCUCAUUGUGUUAGUGUUUGGUAGCCUGGGUCAUGUACAUAGGUUGGUGGCCCGUGGGCUUUGCAUUGGGGGACUAUAUAAAACUAAGGCCAAGCAGCUAGUGAAGUACUGUUCCAUAUCAGCAGUUAUAGGAAGCAUGCUUAUUUGGAAGAGACGAUGUUUCCUAUACCCUCGAACCUGUAAAAAACUCAUGAUGAUAGAUUGCUGAACUGCUUUAAUCUACUGGAUUAUUCAGAAGAUUUGAUUCCUAAUGUAACUUGACUUGUAGAGUGGAAUCAAAUAAAGUAUAUAAAAUGUG